UUUGCAACAGGGACAAUGUCUUGUUUCUUUUUAACAUGUUUUAUCGUUCUUUUAAUGUUUUAUGGAGUACAGUGCGUAACAAUAGUUGGACUGGUUGGGGAAACAAUUACACUGUCCUGCAAGUACAAGACCAAGAUUCACUACACCACAAGCAUAUGCUGGGGAAGAGGAAAGGUGCCCUGGACAAAAUGCUCGGAGACCCUCCUGUCAACCGAUGACGAAGGCAGGGUAACAUACAGGGAGUCGGAAAGGUAUCAGCUCCAAGGAAGAGUCAGAGAGGGGGAUGUCUCCCUCAGUAUUCAAAAUGUCCAAGAAAAUGACAGUGGCAUCUAUGGCUGCCGUGUGGAGUUACCUGGAUGGUUCAAUGACCUGAAGAUCAACAUCUAUUUGACUGUCCUUAAAGCACCUGAACCCCCCACCAGUGUCUUCACCACUGAAGCAUUUGAUGGAAAUCUGGCCAUUACAGAGGAUUAUGAAGAGCCAGUUGUAAACCACGUCCAUUCAAAGGAAAGCACACUGUUCUGGCCACAGAACAUAGUAAGAAUGGCAGUUGUAAUCAUCAUGACGGUUGCAACACCAGUCUUUAUUUAUGGCCUGACAAGCCUCCUGAAGAAGAAAUUCCAUGAAGGGACAGCUUAAACCUCACCAAGACAUCUCUAUAACUUAUACUGACAUAUUGUCAGCUGAAAGUAAAAUGCUGCAAUUGAAAAUGCUGUCCAAAUUGUGCCCAUUUAUGGAAAUAUCUGUACAUAUCAUGGAGCAGUAGGCCCACAGAUUGACAACCAAUAGAGUAUAUGGUGAUAUAAACAGAAAAUAGCACAGUGCAAUCCAGUGCUAUCCUUCUUGAAUCUAAUUGUGAACCACUCAUAUUAACAACUGACCUGCAAUGCUACCACCUUGUGGCUGUAGGAUGGCAGUGCCUUUUAUUCUUGUAUUUUUGUUCAAUGUGUCCAA